CUCUUUUUUUUGACAGACUGACAUGACAUGACAUCUGGAGGAGUGGAAAGAUGGUUUUAAGAUUUAUGUAAGAAGGUUUAGAGGCAGCAUCCACCGACUGAUGCACUUGAGAUUGGGAGGAGUUACGGGAGGCUGCACGGUGCCACGGGCGCACAGUUACCCCUAAAUCCAGCGGGGCCAAAUCCCACGGGACGUCCUCUCUCCCUCUGACGUGCAGCGGGGGUUGCAGCUUGAGCAGGGGGUCGUGCAAGCAGGCGCUACUUUAAAAGCCCCCUCUGAGGAUGCUCCAUAACCACAUGCGCAAGGCGGCCUCGCUGGUGUGCGUCCUGCGCGCAAGUUCCCCCAACAUCCCUCAGACUUUUUAUUUGACAUCCACAACUUCACCAAACGGGAGAGAACAGAAAGACUUGGACUUUGGAUUUGGACCGUGCGUAAUUGUCCCCAUCUUUUAGACCUCACCGACCAAUGUGGCUUCUUGGAUCACCUGCCCAAGUCAUGAUGAUGAUGGAUGAGCGCCUGUCUCCCUCCGCACGCUCGGUUCAGAGCCCCGGGAGCAACCCGUCCACGGUCCACAGCAUCGAGGCCAUACUGGGAUUUAAAGAGGACACCAUCUUCCACAAGUCGGCCUCGUACAGCAUGGCGGGAAAAGUUCUGGCCAAAGACGCAGAGCGCACCGGGAGCGUCACCGUGACUCCGGGGAAGAAGAGUCUUUACGCAGAAAGUUUUGACACUGUGUGCGCCGCUGAAGCCUCGGUGUGCCCGGACUCACCGGACCGAGACGACGGGAAACUGUCCGAUGACGAGAACCCGAAGAAGAAGCACCGUCGGAACCGGACCACGUUCACCACCUUCCAGCUCCACGAGCUGGAGCGAGCCUUCGAGAAGUCCCACUACCCGGACGUGUACAGCCGCGAGGAGCUGGCCAUGAAGGUCAACCUGCCGGAGGUCCGAGUGCAGGUGUGGUUCCAAAACCGACGGGCAAAGUGGCGUCGGCAGGAGAAGCUGGAGGUGAGCUCCAUCAAGCUCCAGGACACCUCCUCCUCUCUGCUCUGCCUGAGCCGCUCCCCCACCGGCUCCCUGGGCUCCGGCCUGCAGCUGGACCCCUGGCUCUCCAGCCCGAUCACCACCUCCACCUCCCUGCAGUCCCUCCCGGGCUUCAUCGGUGGCUCGCAGGGCCUUUCGGGCACUUACAACCCUUCUCCUCCUCCUUCUGUGCCCUCUUCCCUGCCGGCCUCCUUCCUCACCUGCCAGGGCCUGGGACAUGGCCCGCACCUGCCCCACAUCGGCUCUAUGUGCCCCCCACCCCCGGCGUACCAGUGCUCUGCUGAUCCAAGGAACUCCAGUAUAGCCUCACUGAGGAUGAAGGCGAAGGAACACAUUCAGAGUAUUGGGAAGACGUGGUGAUGCUGAGUGGAGCUCAGAAAUGGACAUGAAGGACCAGAAUACAUCUGUUCCAUCUUUUGGAAACGUGACUUUAUCCUCCUGCUGAGGGGGUUGCAGUAUUAGACAUUUGAAAAAGUGACAAGUGCAGUUUGACUUCUAGGAUUAGACACAUCCUAACCUGACCUUCUGCAAAGGUUUGACACUAACUGUACAUUUACUGUGAAAAUAUGGAACUACUGAUGAAUCAGAGUUUUCUGUUUUGGGUUUUUUUCUCCUUUAUCUUCUCUGCAAACUGUUUUUAAAGUUUUUUACGUUCAUUCAGAACACGUUCAUUCUUACCCCGUGUCAUGUCACCAAUAGAACAAAUAGAGAUUCCAUUUCUAGCCACCAGUAUGUAUUUAUUCUACUGUUGUAAAUGGAGCACUCCUCAUUUCCCUCUACUUGGUUUUGGACUCACGUUCUCAGUUUUCACCAUGAAAGAUUUAUCGGAUGUGAACAUUUUCUUUAUACAAUAAACUGUGUGUAAAAGCAACAAAGAAAAUAAUGACUAA